CCAUUUUCCCCCCCCCCCCCCCCCCCCCCCCCCCCCCCCCCCCCCCCCCCCCCCCGCUCGCCGACCCCAGGCGCUGGGCCUUUGUCUGAUCUGCUUGGCUUGCGAGGCUGCUUCGGCCGCCGUGUCCUUCUCGUCCGGGCGGCCUCCUUUCUGAGAGUCCGAUCCGACGGUGGGGCUCUGUCCCCCUCCCAUUUUCCGUCAUGCGAAUUCCUCUUGGUCGGCACUGCGGUUCGGCGCCGCCCGGCGUACUGGAGCGUCGGCGGAGGGCUGGAACCAGCGCGGCUCCCGGGCGCUGGCUGCCGUGUGGCAGAAUUCCUCUGAUACUCCUCGGAGGAGAGGCGACCCCCGAGGAGCUGGACGGGUUUCGAAAACCCCGGGCGUUCCUGCCCCGUACGGUCACAAGGGGAGCCGUAAAUGAGCAUUUCUAACGUUCAGUGUAUCUUUGCCUGCCUACAUCAAUCUGCAAGGGAGUUGCAGAAAAGCCUCAUGUUCAUCGAGCCGUGAGUCACAACCAAUUUCUAAGCUGUUAUAACAAAAAAGUGUUUGCCUUUUUUCCACAAGUAACUUUAAAAGUGUAGUUUAGAAAGAAAACAUUUUCAGUAAAAAGACACUACAUUAAUCCUGGAUGCUUGCAAAUCCUGAAAUAUAUUCCUCCUUGACUAUUACACAGCACUGUGUCCUCUACACAGAUUAGCCUUAAAAUUUGUCACAUACCACUUUGCCUUUACUUUUAUGUAUCAUUCCCCCUGACUUCCUUACUGCAGGUGUGGGCAAGAAAACUUUUCCUUUAAAACUUUUCAACAGCGGGCAUAAAAUUCUGCAGCUGAGUUCUUGAAGAAUGCAGAUGGGUACAGUAUGUGUUGGAGUUCACAGUGUGUAUUGACUAACCUGAUUUCUUUUUGCUUUCUUUGGUAUUGUCUUGUUAAAAGUGACUCCCAGGUGCCAACUUCCCUUUGUAAGGGUGGGGAUGAAAGGGGCAUAACAAGAAAAGGUCUAGAGAUAUUUAAGAGUCAGUGAUAGAGCUUGAAAACUUCCUCCUUCCUCUUGGCAGUUUUCUAUAAUAAAACACUGCCUGUUUGACUGCAACAAAAAGAUUAAUAAAUAGCUUUGGUUGGUGGGAAUUGCCAGCUCUAAGUCAUAUGUGGUAGAUUACCUGCUUCUUAGUUCUCAUGCCCACACUGAUUUGGGCUGAUUCCUUUUGGUACUCUUAUUUCUGACUCCUUGACUUAAUGAUGGAGUUAGAUGUGAUUAAGUGUGCGUCUUCAUAAAAUACUUAGCUUGAAAAAAAUCGGCAUUCCAUUCCAAUUGUCAAUAUCUUUAGAUCAGUUUCUUAGUGUGUGUGAUGGGGAGAAUACAGAAAUACUAGUCUGCAAAUCAUCCGAGUGUAUUGUUUUGCCAGAUAGCCUUGUGUAGUUAGUGAGAUACUACUUUAUUUAAAACCACAAAUGAAUUUCAGGAGAUGAAACCAGACAGAGGGUCAAGUUUACAGAUGACCGUGUCUGCAAGAGUCACCUUUUGGAUUGCUGCCCCCAUGACAUCCUUGCUGGGACGCGCAUGGAUUUAGGAGAAUGUACCAAAAUCCACGACUUGGCCCUCCGAGCAGAUUAUGAAAUUGCAAGUAAAGAAAGAGACCUGUUUUUUGAAUUAGAUGCAAUGGAUCACUUAGAGUCCUUCAUUGCAGAGUGUGAUCGGAGAACUGAGCUUGCCAAGAAGAGGCUGGCAGAAACUCAGGAAGAGAUCAGUGCAGAAGUUUCUGCAAAGGCAGAAAAAGUGCAUGAGUUGAAUGAAGAAAUAGGAAAACUCCUUGCUAAAGCAGAGCAGCUAGGAGCUGAAGGAAAUGUGGAUGAAUCUCAGAAGAUCCUUAUGGAAGUGGAGAAAGUUCGUGCAAAGAAAAAAGAAGCAGAGGAAGAAUAUAGAAAUUCUAUGCCUGCAUCCAGUUUUCAGCAGCAAAAGCUUCGUGUCUGUGAGGUUUGUUCGGCUUAUCUUGGUCUCCAUGACAAUGACCGUCGUCUAGCAGACCACUUCGGGGGCAAGUUACACUUGGGGUUCAUUCAGAUCCGAGAGAAGCUUGAUCAGUUGAGGAAAACUGUGGCUGAAAAGCAGGAAAAGAGAAAUCAGGAUCGCUUGAGGAGAAGAGAGGAGAGAGAGCGAGAGGAGCGGCUGAGCAGGAGGUCUGGAUCAAGAACCCGCGAUCGCAGGAGGUCACGAUCUCGGGAUCGGCGACGGAGGCGAUCUAGAUCUACCUCCCGAGAGCGACGGAAGUUUUCCCGUUCCAGGUCCCGAGAUAGACACCGGCGCCAUCGCAGUCGUUCCCGGAGCCACAGCCGGGGCCACCGCCGGGCUUCCAGGGACCGGAGUACAAAAUACAAGUUCUCCAGGGAGCGCUCAUUGAGAGAGGAAUCCUGGGAGUACGGGCGGAGUGAGCGAGGGCCCACUGACUGGAGGCUGGAGAGCUCCAAUGGCAAGACUGCAUCGCGGAGGUCGGAGGAGAAGGAGGCUGGCGAGAUCUGAACCUGGCUCUGGCACUGUAAAUAGUCUGACAAAUGUUCAGCACAGCCUAAAUUACCCUUUAUAUUUGCUGGAUACAACUCAUCUUUUGUAGUUAAAAUUUCUAUUGUUUGGCCCUAGCUGUGAGUUUCUAGAGUUGUUCAGAGCUGCUCCUGUGUUUGGGGUUAUGUUGUAUAGGAACAAAUAAAUUUGGCGGCUGCCUCAUGACAGCUGUGUUGGGGUGUGUGCUGUCCUCUACUCUAGAGGCACUUCACUAGGACCCUGCACCUGUGGAAAUAAAGGCUGGUGCUGCCAUUACCUUAGGAAACUGUCCAGAUGUCUGACCACUUUAACUUUAGCAUCCUAUGUGCCAGGGCACUCCAACACACUUAACUGAGCCAGAUAUUUGUGACUUCUCUGCCUGGCUCACAUGCUGCAUCUCAGCUACUCAAUGCAGACCAUAGAGCCGGCUCUGGGUGUGAGGGGGCGGCCAUACUGCACACUCAUUUCCUUAGGGAGAGCUAUAGCUAUCGCAACCUUAGCUUAGGGGAGCAGUUCCACUUAGAUGGAAAAAAGACAUAGAUGGCCUCUAACUGCCACUCGGGAGGUCCUUGGGAAAGGCUUGCAGCUUAGGUCAGGUAUCUUGGGUGGUUUACUCUCAGGGUAGACUUAUUGUCAACCCCUGAGUAUAUGUUGUUCACAGAGGACCAAUGCCUUAAGACCAAAGUGAAACCUAAAUAGAAAGGAUAUUUGAAUAGGAGCUUCUUCCCUUUACUUCUCUGGGGAGGGGGGGGGUUAGAGUUUGUUUUCAGAAGGAGCUUUAGUUGGUUGUGUUAAACAUAAAAGCUUCCUCUCUCCCUGCCAUGCUUGUAAAAGUUUAGGUGCUGUCUUGAACUGUUGGUUUUAUGGUCACACAUAGGAUCUUGAGAUCUUGUAGUGUGGCUCCUGGUGCUGCCCUGGGUUCUCUUUUACAGAGGAUGUGUGUGGGUACUUGCUAUGCUGGUGUGUGAAACAGACUUUACCUUGUCAACUGUCUCCAUACGAAAGAAGGUAGGGUGGAAUAUCUGUGAAGGACCCACUGGGUCUCAGUGCUAUGCACAGGUGCCAUUGUAGGUUUCAUCUCUAGCCCCUUGGCCUUUAGGUGGGAAUCAGUUUAGCUCUGCUCUGCUGUCUUCCUGGAGUAAAACUGUACCUGGUCCCAGGUGAAAAUUUUGACUAGCUGUGGACUCUUACUAGGAACAUUUUGCUUCCUGGACUCUUUGGGAGCUUACCUGGACAGUUCUCCUCAGAGCCAACAUCAGUAUGUCUGGUUUGGAUCCUUUUCUGUCUACAUAUAAAUUUGUAUGUGGAGAAACAACUGUUUUGUUUUAUCAGGGUGUAAAGUUACUAAAAACAUUUCUGUGCCCUGGCCUUUGGUACCCACAGAGGAUAAUUUCUGGGCUCAUGUGACAGACUGCAGCUACUGGGGUACAGUAGGCAGACCCCCUGCAUAAGUAGAAUCCUUUGGGUGGUCAGUGUCCCUAGAGUUGCAGAAAGGCUGCUUGCUUCAGUCUCUUAUGGAGACUUUACCAAGUUUGUAAGGUCUUUGUUUGUUUUUUGUGGGUUGUGUGGGGGGAACAAUCUUGCCCUGUUAACCAGGCUAUUGAACUUUAGGGCUCAAGAUAUUCGUGUUUCUGUUCCCAAAUAGCUGGCACAGUUGACUGUGCCAACACAUCUGGAUGCUUUGUUUUAUUGUUUUGUGUUGUGAUUGUUGUUGGGUUUUUUGUUUGUUUUUCUAGACGGGGUUUAUGUGGAUAUCCUGGAACCUAUUUUACAGAACCAAUUGGCCUCAAACUCAAAGAUCUGCCCACCUCUGUCUCCUGAUGUUUUGUUUUCUUAAUUGGAAUUUUCAUGGAGAAAGGGAACUAGGACAAAUGACCAGAGAUUUGUUGUGUGUGUUUGUGGGGGUGGCUCAGGCCAUUAUGCAAAAAGUUAUGGGAUCUACUAUAUGCAACCUGAGGGCCCCAGGUACUGAUUAGGUUCCAGGCCCAAGAAUUUGAAGAACCAGUAGUUUUCAUCCUGGCCCUUUGUGAAGCCCAACAACCAAUACCAUCCACAGGCCAGGGCAUAGGAGAGAAGAUGGACGUCCAGCUCAGAAAGAGAAUAUAUGCCCUUCUUGGAUCCUGUUAUUCUUUCCAGGUCCUUGGUGCAUGGGUGAUACCAGUGUAUUGGGCAGGGAGGUCCUGUCUUUGGCUGGUGAUUCUAAUGCUUCUCAAAUCCACACUGUGUUUUUCCCAUGUCAUAUAAUGUGUGUCAUGCAUGUGCUUUGGGGGAUGAUUUUACAGGUUUUUUUUUCUUGCUUAUACAGGGCAUAGAUUACAAGUUCUUGCACUUGUUCAUACAGGACAUAGUUUGCCUUAUGUUGAGUGAGAACUGAAGGACAUGGAUGUGUAGGACAUAUUCCUGUGCCUGGGACAUAGCAAAUAGGACAGCAGGUUAAAAUCAGGUUUCUGUGAUGACCAUGAUUGAUUUUAAGGCAGGAAGAAGGCAUUAUCUUCUCUCUGAAAUCAGAUGAAAACAGGGUUUAGUAGCCCCUGGUCCCCUUGACUACAUGAGCAGCACUUGUACUGGGGACCCUAUUUCUAUCCUAGGUGGCCUAUCAAUGAAUUAGGCCCAGCCAAUAUGUAUCUGAAAAAAGUCAGGAGGAUGAAAGUGAAGCAUCCCUAGAGAGUGUCUGACCAAGGCUGAUCCUGCAGUUAGAGAAACUGUGAUACUGUUAUUCUCUGAGGGAUAAAAGCUGCAGGUAUUUCCCAGAAUAGCCAAAUCUGGUCUCAAUAUUUGUGACGAAUAACCCUAGGCCUGCCAGGUUAGAGGCCUCUUGAAUCUCCUAAUGUCCCAUGGUCAUUUUAACAGGUAAAAAGACUGGACCUUUAUCAUAUUAACUUGGGGAUCUGUGACUCUUGGACCUUUACCUGUGUACUGGAAGGGUAGGCCCUUUGAACUCAGAGGACGUGAGAGAGAGGAGAUGCAGGAUAUGCCUCCUUAGAGAAUGCAUCUCCAGUUCAGCAACACUUGUUUACCUUGAUAGGGACCCCUCCAACAACAGCAGGGUCAGUCCGCCACUGGUUGUGAGCUUUAUUCUGUAGUUUGGUCUUGGGAUAUAUGAGCUCUGGAUUCCAGAAUUAGCUAUGACCUGGGAGCUUUAUGUUUCCCUGGGCUCCCAAGCCUUAGGUUUUUCCUACUUGGCAUGCAUUAUUAAAAUACACUGAAUUUUAGUGUGUGUUUUAUCUUUGUCAGUGUCCUCUUGAGUCGUUAAAACACUUCCUAGGGUCUGCUUACUGCUGAAAUGAAAGCAAUUGCUUCUCAGAUAAUUCAGUGGACAGCUGUUGGGUGUCUUGACUCCUAGCACAUGUUCCUUUCAGAACAGUGACAUUUGUGGAAUGUCCGUGAUGUGUUCCGGAGACGACAGCAAAAUGCAACAAACUUUCUAUAUAAAACCAUCAUUAUAGCCAUUUCUGAUGUGUAUGUCAGUGGUGUUUAUAUAUCCACAGUAUGAGUCAUCAUCACUGUUAGCAAGUUGCAGAAUGUUUUCAUCCAGACAGAAACUCCAGCCCACUCCCAAAACUAUUCAGCUCCUUCCUGAAGCCCCUGGCAAUCUGGAACCUGUUUUCUGUCCCUAUAGUUUGCUUAUUUGGAUAUUUCACAAACUUGGACUCAUGCACUGUAUGGCCUUUGGUGUGUUGGCUUCUGCUCAAGGUUUUUGCAAAACUGGGCAUGAUGUAAUCUCGUUACUUUUAUGGAUAAAAAAAAAUUCCAUUCUGAGUGUGAGCUACAUGUUUUUACUCACUCUGAUGGUUAAUAUCAACUUGAUGGGUUUUAGAAUCACCCCGUGAAUGUAUCUGUGAAGGUGUUUCCAGAGGUUUUAGUGAGACCUACCCAGAUAUAGGCUGCAUUAUCCUAUACUCUGAGGUCCAAGACUGAAUAAAAAAGAGGAAAAGAGCUGAGCACCAGCCGUCAUCUCUGCUUCCUGACUGCAGAUGCAGUGUGACCAGCUGCCUUAAGUUCCUGCAACCGUGACUUCCCCACCACACAAGGACUGUACCCUUCUACUGUGAACCAAAAUAAAACUGCUU